GCAAUUUGCAGACUGGCUACAACCCUGUGUAAAUCUGCGUGUUGUUUUUAUUCGUCACACACAAAGCUAUAUUUUUGUAUUGAAGCGGUUAACUGAUCAACUAAGUACAUUAGAAUAAAUAAUCUUUAACAUGUCCAGUGGCUGCUCCAACGCGAGGGAAAGGGACUAUUUACAUUUGCCGCGUAUCGAAAGUCACAAAGCUAGCAACAGGUAUAAACAAGUGCCCUCAAUUAUAAUGCAAUUGUUAAUUAACAAUAUUGCACACUUUUAUAGUUCGGCUACUUCACAUUCUUCGACGGCGUCAUCUUCGGAGAGUUGUUCCCGACCGCGCCGGUCGGACGGAGAGGUCUAUAACAACUACCGCAACUACAAGUCCACCUCGCAAUAUCGCCGACGCACGCCAUCGGGAUCUGUGUCGCCAGUACGUCACUAUUCAAGCCGCUCGUCGCGGGACCGCCAACGUUCUCGAAAUGCUCGUGAUCGUCCUCAGGCUAGCCGUUGCAUUGGUGUCUUUGGCCUGAACACCAACACUACCCAGCAGAAGGUACGCGAGCUAUUUAAUAAGUUUGGAGCUAUUGAACGCAUACAGAUGGUUAUUGACGCACAUACCCAUCGCUCCCGUGGCUUUUGCUUUAUUUACUUCGAGAAGCUUAACGAUGCUCGUGUUGCCAAAGAUGCUUGCACCGGCAUGGAAGUCGAUGGCCGUCGCAUACGCGUGGAUUACUCCAUAACACAGCGCGCCCAUACACCUACUCCUGGUGUAUAUAUGGGACGUCCAUCACGACGCUCUCGCGAUCGUGAUAAUGAUGGACAACGCCGUCGCCAUCGCGACUCAUCGUUGUCACAUUCGCCUUACGAUUCAAACAGACGCAAGUAUCGCUCACGUCAUCGCAGCCGCAGCUGCAGUUAUUCACGUUCCCGCUCACCACGCAAAUCUCGCGUGGGAUCACGAUACUAAGCCAGCCAAAUGAUCUCUGCUUGUGCGCUUAUUUUGCACAAAAUGGCUUCAGCAGGAGGGUAUAGACUG